AGAGACUGAACGAGGAACGUUGGUUCAUUUUGAUCUCCACAAUAAAAUCAACCUGAACCUCAAAUCUCUUCUGGACGUUGGACUUCUUUCCUGAGUUACAAUCCCACUGAAAUGCUGCAUCAGUGAACUUUAGAGAUCUACAGUUUGCAGACGGGUGUAACCAAGAUGUGGUGACGUGCAAGAGCUCCAUUUCCUGUUCACUGCAGAGACACAUGUUGUUCAGAUCAGAAGUCAAAAUAGUGUCGAUUCUGAAGAAGUGAAACUCAAACAGUCGUUGUCAUUGAGAGGUGAAAAUGGCGCAGAAAGGAGAUCAGCUUAACCGGGAGAGCUUCUCUUGUUCCAUCUGUCUGGAUCUCCUGAAGGAUCCGGUGACUAUUCACUGUGGACACAGCUACUGCAUGAACUGUAUUAAAACCCACUGGGAUGAAGAGGAUGAGAAGAAACUCCACAGUUGUCCUCAGUGUUUGCAGACCUUCACAGCGAGGCCUGUCCUGGUGAAAAACACCAUGUUGGCAGAUUUAGUAGAGCAACUGAAGAAGACUGGACUCCAAGCUGCUCCUGCUGAUCUCUGCUAUGCUGGACCUGAAGAUGUGGCCUGUGAUGUCUGCACUGGGAGGAAACUGAAAGCCUUCAAGUCCUGUCUGGUGUGUCUGAUCUCUUACUGUGAGAAACACCUUCAGCCUCAUUUUGAAUCACCUGCCUUUGAAAAACACAAGCUGGUGGACCCCUCCAACAAGCUCCAGGAGAACAUCUGCUCUCGUCACGAUGAGGUGAUGAAGAUGUUCUGCCGCACUGAUCAGCAGUGUAUCUGUUAUCUCUGCCUAAUGGAUGAACAUAAAGGACACGACACAGUCUCAGCUGCAGCAGAAAGGACUGAGAGGCAGAGAGAGCUGGAGGUGAGUCGACUAAACAUCCAGCAGAGAAUCCAGGACAGAGAGAAAGACGUGAAGCUGCUUCAAGAGCUUCAGGAGAAGCUGGAGCAGGAGAUCACUGAGCUGAAGAGGAACGAAGAAGAUGGAGCGGAGCUGCAGAAGCUCUCACACACAGAGGACCACAACCAGUUUCUACACAACUACCCCUCACUGUCAGCACUCAGUGAGUCUACAGACUCAUCCAGCAUCAACAUCCGUCCUCUGCUCUACUUUGAGGAUGUGACAGCGGCUGUGUCAGAAGUCAGCGAUAAACUACAGGACGUCCUGAGAGAGAAACGGACAAACGUCUCACUGGCGGUGACUGAAGUGGAUGUUUUACCGUCACAACCACAACCAAAGACCAGAGCUGGAUUCUUAAAGUAUUCACGUGAAAUCACACUGGAUCCAAACACAGUAAACAAACGUCUGUUAUUAACUGAGGGGAACAGAAAAGCAACAUUAAUGAGUCGAAAACAGUCUUAUUCUAGUCACCCAGACAGAUUCACUGGAUGUUGGCAGGUCCUGAGUAGAGAGAGUCUGACUGGACGUUGUUACUGGGAGGUGGAGUGGAGAGGAGGAGGAGUUUUUGUAGCAGUCGCAUACAAGAAUAUCAGCAGAAAAGGGGGCUUGGCUGAAUGUGGAUUUGGAUGGAAUGAUAAAUCUUGGGCAUUAAGAUGUAACAAUAACAGUUAUAAGUUUUGGUUCAACAAAGUCAAAACUCCCGUCUCAGGUCCUCGGUCCUCCAGAGUAGGAGUGUACCUGGAUCACAGUGCAGGUGUUCUGUCCUUCUACAGCGUCUCUGAAACCAUGACUCUCCUCCACAGAGUCCAGACCACAUUCACUCAGCCUCUCCAUGCUGGACUCUAUCCUUUCAGUUUUGGAGUCACUGCUGAGUUCUGUAAACUCAAAUAGACUGAAGUCAUUUAAGGGUUAAAUUCUGUGUCUUCACUCUUAAACUCAUUUAGUCUCCAUGUUUGUUGCUGAGAGCUGAUUGUUGUGGCGUUUUCUUUUCAACUGCAUGGUUCUUAAGAGAAAACGUAACAAACCUUAUGUUAUUGUAGACAUUUUUUUUUGUUUGUUUUCUCUGCACGAAAUUAUAAACUUCUCUGUGCUCUCAAUGUUUAAUAUCUGUAUUGAUCUUUUUUUAUAGGUCUUAAGAGAGAAAGCACAAUCUUUAUUAAUGACAUGUUCUUAUGCCACCUUGUAUAUUUCUAAAGAAAUCUAUAAUUUACAUUUAUUUGUUUAUCAUAAGAAAUUAGUAGUUUAUUCAUUAUGCUCUUUUUCAUAGCUGAGAUUUGUUUCAAAGAUACUAAUCGUGUUGAUGAAGUGAAUCUGUACAUGACAUCAUUGAUCAAGAGUCAUUUAACAGUUUAAUGAUGAGAUGUGUGAACAAACUGAAAGUUUACAUGAUGAAUAAACAAACAUGAACAAAGUAUUUUCUUCUUGUCUUCAUUCCAGGGUUUAUUACAAAGCUGAUGUAGAAAAUCUGAAUCUAAUAGAAG